AUGGAGGAAACAAGUACACCAACUGGUAAAUCCACGGUGUCGCCAGAGCGUCCACUGCUACGGCCUGUAGAUCCCUCGUCCCAGAACAGAAAUGCAGAAGCUUCUUGGAUAAUUUUGCUCAGCUUUGGAGAAUCUUCAAGAAAAAUAUGCACAAGGAUGACUUUUCUUAUCUUCAAAGAGCUGAGAAAGAACCGCCCCGACUUCCACCGAAGAAGCAUCUACUUCCACCUGAAGACUGAGAUCAGGUAUGAUUCUCGAAACGGUAAAUCUAAGAAUUACCUACCAGAACAGAAAGUACAGAUUAUUCGUCAUCUGCCGUCCAUAUACCAAGAGUACUCCAGUGCCCCCUAUGGAUUCAAAGAAAAGGAUUUACCUGCAGAUGGGCACACAAGCAGGAAUAUCUCGGAAGUACAUCUAAUAUCAUCCCCGGAUUGUGAAAUAAAAGAUGACAGUAGACAGGAGUCUCCAGGAACUAAUCUCAUUACCCCAAUUGUACAUCCAGCUCUAUCAGCUGAUCCCUCUGAUCCUGGGAAAUGUUCUCCUGAUCACUCUGAUAUUGAUGCACCAUGUUUUACACAGAACACAAAGCUUAUUGCACAUCAGCCAGCUAAGACAGGUGAGAGGCAAUUUCUAUGUUCUGAGUGUGGGAAAUGUUUUGCACGGAAAUCAUUUCUUGUUAUACAUGAGAGAAGUCACACCGGAGAGAAGCUAUUUUCAUGUUCUGAGUGUGGGAAAUGUUUUACAUCCAAAUCAAAUUUUGUCAUACAUCAGAAAACUCACAUAGGUGAGAGUCCAUUUACAUGUUCUGAGUGUGGGAAAUGUUUUACACGGAAAUUACAUCUUGUUCAACAUGAGAGAAGUCACACCGGAGAGAAGCCAUUUUCAUGUUCUGAGUGUGGGAAAUGUUUUGCACUGAAAUCAACUCUUAUCAGACAUGAGAGAAGUCACACCGGAGAGAAGCCAUUAUCAUGUUCUGAGUGUGGGAAAUGUUUUGCACUGAAAUCAACUCUUAUUAGACAUGAGAGAAGUCACACCGGAGAGAAGCCAUUUACAUGUUCUGAGUGUGGGAAAUGUUUUACACGGAAAUCAUUUCUUAUUAUACAUGAGAGAAGUCACACUGGAGAGAAGCCAUUUUCAUGUUCUGAGUGUGGAAAAGGUUUUAAACACAAGUCAUAUCUUGUUAUACAUGAGAGAAGUCACACUGGAGUGAAGCCAUUUACAUGUUCUGAGUGUGGGAAAUGUUUUUCACUGAAAUCGAAUCUUGUUCAACAUGAGAGAAGUCACACUGGAGAGAAGCCAUUUUCAUGUUCUGAGUGUGGAAAACCUUUUUCACACAAAUCAUGUCUUGUUACACAUGAGAGAAAUCACACCGGAGAGGGGCCAUUUUCAUGUUCUGAGUGUGGGAAAUGUUUUGCACAGAAAUCAACUCUUGUUAUACAUGAGAGAAGUCACACCGGAGAGAAGCCAUUUCCAUGUUCUGAGUGUGGGAAAUGUUUUUCACUGAAAUCGAAUCUUGUUCAACAUGAGAGAUGUCACAGUGGAGAGAAGCCAUUUUCUUGUUUUGAGUGUGGAAAAGGUUUUUCACACAAGUCAUAUCUUGUUAUACAUGAGAAAAGUCACACCGGAGUGAAGCCAUUUACAUGUUCUGAGUGUGGGAAAGGUUUUUCACUAAAAUCGAAUCUUGUUCAACAUGAGAGAAGUCACACUGGAGAGAAGCCAUUUUUUUGUUCUGAGUGUGGAAAAGGUUUUUCACAGAAGUCAUAUCUUGUUACACAUGAGAGAAGUCACACUGGAGAGAAGCCAUUUUCUUGUUCUGAGUGUGGAAAAGGUUUUUCACAUAAGUCACAUCUUGUUACACAUGAGAGAAGUCACACAGGUGAGAGGCUAUUUUCAUGUUCUGAGUGUGGGAAAGGGUUUAUACGGAAAUCACAUCUUGUUACACAUGAGAGACGUCACACAGGUGAGAGGCCAUUCUCAUGUUCUGAGUGUGGGAAAAGUUUUAUACAGAAAUCACAUCUUGUUCAACAUGAGAGAACUCACAGACGUUUGAAGCCAUUUGCAUGCUCUGAGUGAUUACUAAAUCAGCUCUUGUUGGACACAGUAGACAUCACACAGGUGGGGAACCAUUUUAAUCUUCUGGAGUAUACUCAUCUUCACCAUUUCCCUGCAUUGUUCCUUCAGGUUUUAUCCUAUGUCCUGUGUUUUUUUUUUUUACAAUAUACAUGCUGCUACUGGGUGAAAUAAUAAGACAUCAUGUCCUCCUUUACCUCUACUAUGCAGAUAACCUGUCUUUGCUCCGGGUACUGAAAACAAUACCAAUACUAAAUGUCUAGCUGAGCUCCAGGUGUGGGUGAUGCCAGUUAGCCGUGACUCAGUCCUAGCGAAACAGGUCCAUAUGCUAAUGCACGCCGACUCUCCUGUCUUC